AUGCCACUCGACUUCGACGUCCCGGAAGCCGUCACGCCCGAUAACGUCCUCAAACGCAUGGGCGCCGCACAAGCCCGCCGCCAAGCGCGGAAACAAGAAAAGAAAGACGACAAACGCCGCGAGAAAGCUCUCGAGAAACGCCACGACAAGCUCGACAAGGCCGAUGAGAAGAUCGCGGAGAUUGAGAAGGAUCUCGCGAAGGAGAGGAGGAAGAUGGAGAAGGAGAUGGGGAAGAGGAAAGCACGGGAGGAGAGUAAGGAGAGGAGGAAGGUUCAGAGGGAGUUUGAGAGGGACGAGAGGAAGUUGAGGGGGGAUUUGGAGAAGGCGGUGAGAAAGAGGGAGAGGAAGGUGGAGAGGCAUGGGGAGAGGGAUGGGGAAAGGGGGGAGACGGGGUUGCCGAAGUUGGAUCGGAGGGAGGAGAAGACUGCUAAUAAGAUUCGGUGGGUGGUUGUUAGUUGUUGGGAGGGGGAGGAUGAAGAAGGAGAUGAAGAGGAGGACGACCCCUCAAGUAUGAGUAGUGAGGGCAGGGGAAGGGGAUUAGAGAAACAAUCAUAG